AUGCCCAAAAGAAAGGCUGAAGGGGAUACUAACGGAGAUAAAGCCAAGGUGAAGGACGAGCCACAGAGAAGAUCGGCAAGGUUGUCUGCUAAACCUGCUCCUCCAAAGCCAGAGCCCAAGCCUAAAAAGGCCCCAGCAAAGAAGGGAGAGAAGGUACCCAAGGGGAAGAAGGGGAAGGCCGAUGCUGGUAAGGAUGCCAAUAAUCCUGCAGAGAAUGGAGACGCCAAAACAGACCAGGCACAAAAAAGCUGAAGAUGCUGGAGACGCCAGGUGAAAUGUGUGUGUUUUUGAUAACUGUGUACUUCUGGUGACUGUACAGUUUGAAAUACUAUUUUUUUAUCAAGUUUUAUAAAAAUGCAGAAUUUUGUUUUACUUUUUUUUUUUUAAAGCUAUGUUGUUAGCACACAGAACACUUCAUUGUUUUGGGUGGGGAGGAACAUGUGUCACUAGCAGUGUCUCCCAAACUGGAUGAAUGAUGGUUCAUGAUGGAAAACAUCUUUCCCUGAUAAUUUUGAGAGACUCCUCUUGGCUCCCAGGAGAGGCGUCC